AUGGUGCAUAAGGAUUUUCCUUAUGCACCCUGCAUAAGGAUUGCUAAUAGGGCCCAUUAAUAGUAGCCCAACAAAUUUUCUGCUUCCUACACCCCAAAAACAGAAAACAAGUAAAACUGGCAAAACAAAACAAACUAUUCAUUUCUUCAACAACCACCUCUCUUUCACCUCUCACCGGAAACCGUCGCCGUUAACCAUCGCCGUCGUUCUUCACCACUGUAUCAAUCGCCAUCAUUUCUCAAGGUCGUCGUUCUCCACCACUGUCUUGAUUUCCCCACCAUCGUCGUUCUUACUAUCGUCGUUCUUCACCUUCCACCACCAUCGGAACACGAGGUCCAUCGGAAACAACCUCCACCACCGGAAACACUAGCCGCCGUUCUUCAUCAACACAAGGUCGUCAUUCUUCACCACCGGAGACACCGUCGUUCACUACACCAGCUCUUCACCACCACCGUCGUCGCCGUUCACUUCCAACACCGUCGUUCACUUCCAACGCCUUCGUUCACUACAACAUCUUCAACAAACAGCAAACAUGUCGAAAUCAAAUCAGGUUAACAAAUCUAACGACGGGGGGCCAAUUCCAAACUUCAGUAUUGGACUUACGCAAUUAGAGCAAGAGCAAGCAUCUGAUGAAGAUAAAGGAAAAAAAAAGGGUAAAAAGAUGGAAAAAAGGGUGAAAAAAACUAAAGAGCUAGAGCCAUUGCCAUCAUUUAGUAUUGGACUAACUCAAAUAGAAGAGGAGGGCAGGAAUGAAGAGGCUAAAAGUUCAGAUAUGGAAAAUGAGGAAAAUGCAAAGCAAAGACUGAGGCAUAAGAUGAGUAUACCUAAGGUAUAUGAUCUUAUGAAUUCAGUAAAUGGCAAACAAAGAAAGGAUGAGAUCAUUAACGUAUUGAAUGAAAGUGGCUUUGGGGGAAUGGUUCAUUUCUGAAUCUGUGUUAAUGCUUCAAAAGAUGUUUAUGAAUUUCGAUGAAUUUGCUCAAAAUUAGGUGUAUGGAAUACUGAAACCAUAAGUAUGGUAUAAUGGUUUUGAUAGUGUACUAGGUAAAACCAUACUUAUGGUGUAAUGGUUUUGAUCAAAAUUAUUAUAGGUACGUGGUUCUAAUGGUUUUCUAAAUAAAAACAAAUGUGAUAAACAGUUAUUUUA